AUGCGCUUCCUACAGAUCGAAUGGCACAACCACGAACGCGCGCGGAAUUCUUGGGCGAUCGAGCGCGCGGAGAUGAAGGCAAAGAUUGCGAAGCAGGAGGGCGAGUGCAGGCAAGCGAAGCGGAUCAAUGAGCAGCUCGUCAGGCAGAUCCAAAUGCUGCAGAAGGCGCUGAAGUCGUCGCGGGAGCAGAACGGUGUUACUGUCAAUGGGACUGGACGGGUGGCUACGCCUGAUCAAGCUGCGGGAGAGAAGAGCAAGGAAGGGCAUCAGAAGGUUGAACACGGGGAUUUGAAAGGUGGGUCUGAUUGGCGUGCUGAGGACGGGCAUGAGCUGACCUUGGGCAAAGCGCUGCAUCAUAAUUCGUUCCUCCAGACUGGAGCUGCGGAGGCGGAGACGGGCGACAAGGCGAGGGAAGAGUAUCUGGACAAUACGCGGAAGUACUUGAAAGAGUGCAUGCAGCAGAUACAGUACCUCCUGACGCCGCCUCCACACCCUCCUCCGCAAGCGCUGCCAAAUGGGACGUAUCAGACUGGACUUCCAGAGCCACCACCUUCUGUCGAGGACAUUUAUGCGAGAAACAAUCAGCGAUGGACGCGCCAGCAAGGCCAAGCAUUACCACAAGCAUCGUCGAUGCCGAAUCAUCAGCCACCUCCGCCUCCGAACAACGUAGCUUCGGCACAAGAGCAGGCCAUGUCGCGAGGUCCUAGCUACGCCGAUUAUCAAGCACCGUCUCACCCUCCUCCCGAAUCCCGACAACAGAACACCAUCGACAGCCCAGCACCGUUUGAAGACCAAGUGGAGAGCGUGACGCAUACGUUCGACUCUAACGGGCGAGCAGUACCGACACCUCCAGAGCAGACGCGACAGAUACGACAGCAGCCCGAAGCGGACGGUUGGACGUUCGAUGAUGAGCCUCCGCGAUCCGAGAACGCUCCUUCUGACAUGCCGGCGAAGAGACCGGAUACCGAUCUCUUCCCUACGGCAGCCGGCAACACCCAUCUCUCGGCUAAGUCGCCACCACGGACUGGAUCGAUAUCCCACCGAAGGAAGAGUUCUGGCUCCCAGGCUAUGUCGAGAAGGAGGAGCUCGCAGGGUAAAGCUGAAGCACACGACGCUGCGGAAGCCGCUCUUGCGAACAGCGACCCGUCUCAGUUCAAGGUCAAAUUCGCGUUGCGAGGCCAUCUGGAUGUGGUUCGGAGUGCAAUCUUCAGUGGUGGCGGCAGUCCGAGCGAACCGGAAGUCUGCACUGCUGGCGACGACGGCACGAUCAAGCGGUGGAUCAUUCCUGGACAAUCGUAUCAAAACUUCAACUCGGCUAGCAACACAGCUGAUCUAGACGUCGCUGCCUACUUCACGCACCGAGGGCACGAUGGCAUUGUUACUUCGCUCUCGACAUGUCCCGCGAGUACUGGAUUUAGCACUGGCGGAAGGGCGAGCGGCGAUGGCUGGAUCUUCUCGGGUGGCCAGGAUGCGACAGUGCGAGUUUGGGAGCGUGGGCGAGUGGACCCGAAGGCUACCCUGGAGGGCCAUACUGAUGCUGUCUGGUCGGUCUGCGUUCUGCCCGCUUCCGUUGGAGUAGUGUUCGGUCCUGAAUGCGGCAACUUCGGCGGUCCAGAUCGCCUGCUCUUGGUUUCUGGCUCUGCAGACGGCACCGUAAAAGUCUGGGCCGUUAGCGCGCCGCCUCAGACCUCUUCACCGUCCACUGGGAGCAGGAGAGGCGUCGGCGGCAGUCGCAGGCAUAGCGUGACGAGCGGCAGCAACUUCACAUCCGAACCACAGCCGAGCGUCGCCAGCAGUACGCCUUUCAGCUACACGCUUGUGCACUCGAUCGAGAAGCCGAUCACGAACCGCGACACCAAAGGCUCGCCGACGUCAAUCUGCCCGCUUUCUGCUUCUGGCGACACAUUCGUGGUCAGCUACACCGAUUCCUCUGUGUUCAUCUUCGAUACCAGGACUGGAGAGAUGUUGAGCGAGAUGCAGAGUUUCGAGACGUAUGAUGGGACGAUGGACACGAGUAUCAAUGCUGUCGUGGCAACGAGUUUGGGGAUGGAGGGCUCGGGUCCGGCUAUUGAUGCUUCGCGUGGUCUGGAGGCGGAAGAGGUUGGGGCCGGUGCUACGGGGAGCAGGGAGGGUGUUGAAGGGGUGGUGAUUAGCGGGCAUGAGGAUCGCUUUGUGCGGUUUUUUGAUGCGAAUAGCGGUCAAGCAACCUACACCAUGCUCGCCCACCCCGCCGCCAUAUCCGCCCUGUCCCUCUCCAAAGACGGACGCGAAGCCGUUUCCGCAGGCCACGACGCUAGCAUCCGAUUCUGGUCCCUCGAGAAGCGCAUCUGCACGCAAGAUAUCGUCUCCCACCGCGCAAUGCGUGGAGAAGGCGUCUGCGACGUCGCUUGGAGUCAAGACGGGAGGUUGGUGGUCAGCGCAGGUGGUGACGGGGUCGUGAAGGUGUUUGCACGAUGA